AUGGGUAUCGUUCUCGCGGUCUUUGCGUUCAUCGGACCAUUGGUGGAAUAUGCGGCGGUCGGCGCAUUGAUAGCCGUGGAAGGGUUUUUCUUCAUGACCAUCGACGCACUGUUCCCAGCAUUCGCAGCAGAAAUGGCCGUGGUGGCGGCCGAAGCGGCUGCAAUGGCGGCUGAAGCUGGUGGCGUAGGCACAGUGGGAUCAGCCAUAAGCCUUACAAGCGAGGUAGUGGGCUCGUCACUUGGACUCGAGGCUGGCGCUGAUGUUGUGUCGUUUGUAAGCACGGAAGCUUCAUCGCUGGUGACUGCGGAAGCCAGUAAUGCCUUCAUCAUAAGUGCUGAGGAUGCGAUCGCGAUGGGGAUCACGGACGCGGAGCAGCUUGCAGAGAUCGCCGGUUGGGGUUCGAUCACGACAGCGUCUGGUAGUAAAUCGAUCUUACAAUCGGGCUUGUCGUCUGGGAUGAUCUCGGACUUAACCAUUCAGAUUGCAGACGUGGGCCUCGAAAUGCCGGAGUUCGCCCUCGAGGACCUGCCUGAUGCUAUGUCGACCUAUUUCUCCUCCUCUGGAUCCAGUAUAAUGGGCGACCUUCCUGUUGUCGCGGCUGGAGGCCAGAUUGUGCCUUACAUGGGGCAGACAUCGGCGCAAGCAGUGAGCGAUCUUGCUGCUGGCGGAGCUAUGGUCCAAAGAUCUGGCGCACAGAUCUCAAAGGGAAAGAAUGAUACCUUUGACAUGAACCAGUACUCCGGCGUCCGACCCAGGAUGAUCUUGAAGGCCGAAGACAACAAGUACAAUCGUGUCAUCAGGGAUGAACGGCUUGUACUAGUGUGGUGGCAUCAGCCAAGUGGUCAGGCGAUGGUCUGCUGGGAGUCCAAUCCCAAAGCCUGUGGCGCGAUCUGGGGUCUUUGGCUUACUUGCUACGACUGGACCAACACCAAUGUGCCUCACGACAUUGCGAAGCUUCCGUGGCCAAACGUGAACGCCUUCACGCCGAAUGGCACUGCCGUUAUAUGGUCUCCCGACAAAACAUCCGUCACAAAAGGUAAGUGGGCUGCACCCACUGCCGGCGACUGCGAAUACUGGGACCGAGACUGGAACCCGGAGGACGCGGAGGAGCGUGUAGAAGAAUACGAGCACGCCGACAAAGACUGGGUAGCAGACUCAUUUAUGAAAGGGUCCUGGCAGCCUCCGAAGUUCAGAGCGGCGCCUUUGCAUCAGAAAGUCAACAUGACGAAAGUCUACGCCAACCGCGAGAAAGUAACUGAAGGUGGAACAGACAAUCCAGCUAAACAGCAUGAUGGGUCUGCCUCCGACACACACAUCCGACGGCGCCAGGACGUGGGAGAACAGCUGUCGCAGCACUUCUCUAACCUCCCACGCAAGCGGUCGCCUGGCGCGUUGAAGGACUAUAUUGAUGUUGGAGCGGAUAUCGUACUUGCGCACAUUGCAGCGCAUCAAUCCCAAGGCCUCCUGAAGUCACAGGGUACUCGUGAAUCUAUCCAGCAAGCGAUUGAGGAGAUCUCCAAAGCGCACGACAAACAUUACAGCGGGAGCUUUGUCGAGCGCAUGUCCACGCCGUCCGUAGAAUCAGGAGGAACCAUAGUCAAUGGUCUUGUGGAUGCUGUCGUGGCACGUGUGCGUCCAGACGACAGACGUCGCAUGGAAACGUUCGCUGUAGCAGCAAUGGCAGAAUCGCCUCUCAAUCGGGCGCUGAAUGGCACAGCUUCUCGUAUUGACGGCAUGGUCUUGAGGUCAUUAUGGGAAAGAGUCCACGGCUGA